AUGGAUUCCAUGUUCGACCGUCUGAUGUGGUGCCUCUACCUUGUGACAUUAGAUCCCCACGAACUAACAGACUACGACAUUCCUCUCGUCCUAAAGCACCUCGACGAUUACCUUCACAAGUACUCGCGCGCAGAAGUAGGGGGAAUCAACUUGGCGAUGCUACCCCAAAAUGAGGCGCUGGUUUAUGGAAAGUUCGUUUUGCAGCAGAAUUCCGGACAAAUCGAAGCUAUUCAGCAAGCCAAGAUGGUGGGCGAUGGCCAUUCGACCGCUGAGAUAAAUAUGCCAAUAGGGACACGGGAUGAAGCGUGGCUCUUGAGAGCCACUUCUGUCCGAACAGUCCUGGCGCACUUAUGGAGAAAGCUUCGGGAAGACCCCACCAAGAUCUGGAAACAAGCCGGGCAUCUUGAGGCGGACAUUGAGCGGCUCAGAGCAAUGCUCAUUCUGUACGAUACUACAGAGUAA